GUCGGUGGUGGCUCACGCAAGGGUUUAACUGCUCCAACAAAUGGAAAGAUUUAUUAGUAUCGCACCUAAAUUACGCUGUAAACGUGUGUUUUUAGUCUGCGCAGUUGAUUUUAAGUCUUUCACGCGAUUUGUUAUACGAGUAUUUAAAAAAAAAAGGAUAAUCUAUACAUAAAUUCGAGCAGUUACUGUUUAUAGUUGUCUUUUAAAAGUGUGCUUAAGUGACGCUUAGAAAAUAUAUCCUUUGGUGGAAUUAACAUAUAUUUCUUAUUGAGAACGUGCAUAUCGUCAGGGAAAUUCUACGAUGAAGAUUGCAAAGUGUUUAAUAUUCGUACCCAUAUUUCUUGUGAUGGUUCUGCCUGAGUCUUCAGCAGCAUCAGAUGUCAAUAUGAAACCACAGUCACAGAAAUUCCUUUCAAAAUUGAUGGGAAUGAAGAAACAAAAUCAAAAAUCAAAGAACCAACGAAAAUCUACAAGACUACCGAAGAUGGGAUUCUUCGGAAGCAGUUCUUUCCAAUCCCUUGGUAGCGAUGAACCCUUACAGUUCACAAGUCCAAGGCAAGAUUUCAGUGAUCUUAUGAGCAGCAGUUCUUCAAGAUUACAAAGCCUUGACAAUUCACCAGUUUAUUACGUUCGAUUGCCACCAACACCGUAUAUGUAUACUCCAGGCUUGGGUUAUAUUUCACAGCCGCCAUCACAGUCUUUAACAGCUUAUCAUUCAAAUGCUGGCAAUCCAUUUAUGAGUCUACCUAUCAACUUCCUGUCUAAUGGACAACCUAAUGGAGCUUAUGAAUAUAGUAUGCCAGAGUUGAUGUCGAGUACUUUUCCGGGUAAGGGAUUUUUGCGUCAAGAACCACCUGUAUUUGGAAGAAAGUCAUUUAUGGAGCAGGAUUCUGGCUUUGGUACAACAACAUUGAAAGGACGGUUUGAUUUCAAUGGACGUCCUGAUAAUCUAUACGUUCUGCCAGAUAGUUCAUCCUACUAUCACGGUAGCAUGUUUAAGCGUUAGUUUUAAAUUUAAAUUCUGUCUGUUACAUAAUUUAUUUAAGCGAGUUAUGUGAGUGUGAGAUUGUUUUUUAUUGUUAGUUAUAAUUUAUUUAUUUUAUUUUAAUUAAUAAAAUUGUGUUUUUAAAAACGUU